AUGGGAAGGAAGAAGAUCCAGAUCACAAGAAUCCUGGACCAGAGGAACCGCCAGGUGACCUUCAUGAAGAGGAAGUUUGGGCUGAUGAAGAAGGCGUACGAGUUGAGUGUUCUUUGUGACUGUGACAUCUCCCUCAUCAUCUUCAACACCUCCAACAAACUCUUCCAGUACGCCAGCACUGACAUGGACAAGGUGCUGCUGAAAUACACCGAGUACAACCAGCCUCACGAGAGCAGAACCAACAGCGACAUCGUGGAAGCGUUGCACAAGAAGGAGCAGCGAGGAAGCGACAGCCCAGAAGGCCACGCCCCCUAUGCUGGCCACGCCCCCUCCGCUCUGAGCGCCAACACUGCAGACAAAUAUAAGAUCAACAAGAUGUCCGCAGGUCUCCUGCAGGCCACGCCCACCAACGUGGCCUACAACUCCGCCCCUGCAGGAGGAGGCGGAGCAAACGCCGCAGGUGGAGGAGAAAAAGGAGGCGGGACUUCUCAGCACGCUCACCUGGGGAAGAACUCACCCUGCACAGAUGAGCAGUUCUGA